AUGCCCAUGAAUGAUACUCCGCGAAACUGUCCAGUACUCGGCAGGAAAGAAAAACUGGUUGUUGUAAACAGAACGGAGGGUCAGGCCAUGCUGCAGACAUCGAGAUGGCAAACUUUCAAUGAUCGAUGGACCCGACAGAAUGGCUCGCAACCUGCGAUCGCUUGCAGAAGGCCCCAUCUCCAGCCAACGAGGACUCAGUGGCGUGUCCCGAGGAGGUCGAUACGGAGCUUAUCAGCCGUGAUGGUUCUCCAGCCCGCCGGGUACAUCGUAUUGCACUUUUCAGACAGCCACAAUGUGAUCACCGAGGGGAAGGGUUCAGAAAUCAUGCUCGAGGACAAGUGA